AUGGUACUCAUCUACGUCGCUGCUCGCUACAACCCCAUUUACAAGAACACGAGAACACAGUGGAGGUCCCUACACAGCCACGUUAAGAGUGGCAUGUUCAGAUUGUCGUGGGUUCCGAUGACCAGGAUCCCAGAGGACAUUUUGUGUCUGAUAAUCUCCAUGGAUGGCUCUUGGGAAGGUUGCGACCUUGGAAAUAUCGACCUGCAAGAGGCUGCUAGGAGACGGGCGUUGGAGGAAAUUACUGCAGAAUACUGGGGAGAAACUGGUGAGGAGUGCAUUUUGAGGACUAUGAAUGAGCAUUGUUAUCCCCCAAGUAUAAACCUGAAGCGACGGCCACCACCCAGUAUUCAUUGCAACCCGCGGUAG